UGGUGCCACCGGCAUUACUCAUUCAUCCCCAUUCAGACUCCCCAGCAUUUAUUACGGGCUCUGGGCUCCCGCCUCUCACUCUCUCCUCUGCUCAAAUUCGCUUGAGAGCCUCUUGCUGUGGGAAGUCGAGGGAGAACUUUCUCUUCAAACAUGCAUCUCUCGGCGGUUCUGUUGUGUGCUCUCUGGUCUGCAGUGUCUGCUGAGAAUGCCGAUGACUAUGGGCUCAUGUAUGUGAAUUUGGACAAUGAAAUAGACAACGGACUCCAUCCCACUGAGGACCCCACACCGUGUGACUGCCGCCGGGAGCACUCUGAAUGGGACAAACUCUUCAUCAUGCUGGAGAACUCUCAGAUGCGCGAGGGCAUGCUGCUGCAGGCCACCGACGACAUCCUGCGCGGCGAGAUGCAGAGGUUGCGGGCGGAGCUGGGCCGGCUGGCGGGCAGCCUGGCAAGACCGUGUCCGCCUGCGGCCCCCGCGGAGGCUGGGCUGGCCGGGGCGCUGGCGGAGCUGCUGCAGGCGAGCCGCGACGCCGGACGAAGGCUGGCGCGCCUGGAGGGCGCGGGGGAGCAGCGCCCAGGACAGGCGGGGUGCGCCCUAGGAGCAGUGUUGGAGGAGCUGAGGCAGAUGCGCGCUGACCUUCACUCGCUGCAGGGCUGGGCCGCCAGGCACUGGCUGCCGGCAGGUUGUGAAACAGCGAUCUUAUUCCCAAUGCGGUCCAAGAAGAUUUUUGGAAGCGUGCAUCCGGCUAUCCCAAUGAAGCUGGAGACUUUCAGUGUCUGCAUUUGGGUCAAAGCCACAGAUGUUCUAAACAAAACUGUGCUUUUUUCCUAUGGCACGAAGAGGAACCCCUAUGAGAUCCAGCUGUACCUCAGUGCUCAGUCCAUAGUGUUUGUGGUGGGGGGCAAGGAAAACAAACUGGCUGCUGAAACCGUGGUUUCCCUGGGCAGGUGGGCCCAUCUGUGCGGCACCUGGAGUUCAGAGAAAGGGCGCGGGUCCCUGUGGGUGGAUGGUGACCUGGUAGCCACCACUGUGGACAUGGCCCUGGGGCAUGUUGUCCCAGAGGGAGGAAUCUUGCAGAUCGGCCAGGAGAAGAAUGGCUGCUGUGUGGGUGGAGGCUUUGAGGAAGCCCUGGCCUUUUCUGGUCGACUCACAGGCUUUAAUAUCUGGGAUAGAGCCCUCAGCAAUGAAGAGGUAAGAGAGGCUGGAGGAGCGGAGUCCUGUCACAUCCGGGGCAAUGUCGUUGGCUGGGGAGUCACAGAGAUUCAGCCCCACGGAGGAGCCCAGUAUGUUUCCUAAGUAUUGUGAAACUCUACUUGAAGCCAAAGAAAGAAACUCACAUUUGAAACACAUGCCAAUUGGGAGGGUCUGAAACACUCAAUGCAUAUUAAGAACACUUGAGACUAAUGAAGGGGAGAGUUGAGAUCAAUCUUUAUUUAUCUUGGCGAAAUACUGAAUAAACGAUUGAAGGGGAGACAUCGGAGAAGGCUUUGGGGGAUAUUGUUACUAGACUUUAUGCCAUGGUGCUUUCAGAUUAAUGUGUGUCUUUGUCAGGUAAACUCAAAUAAUUAAAAAGGACUGUAUUAUUGAACAGAAGGACAAUUGUUUUACUUUUCUCUGGUUAAUUUUUAUUUUUUGGCCAGAGAUGACUUUUACAUUGGGGAAUAAUGAAAUAACAUUUGUCAUCUAUUGUUCAUUGUUAUAAUAAGGUUUGUACCUUAUUAUUUAAAAAAAUCAUAAAACAUAUUUAUACUACAAUGUGACUUAACAGAUACAAAUGUAGUUUAUGUGUCAUAAUCAAAUGUCACUUUUUUUGAGAAGAUAGUUAUAUAAGUUAUAUUGUCAAAUGGUUUUGUAUUAAUUUUAUUAAGAAUAUUUUUGUAAAGCUCUACUGUAAAUAAAAUAUUUUAUAAAAC